GCUUCAGUGACUUGAUAGUUUCCGGGUACGUUUGACAAACACAGUUCACAAUUUUGACAAGAAAAUAGAUUAAAAUGGAUCUAGUAAAAGUAUGCAGCAAGGCAUUGGUAGUGGCAAAACCUAAAGGAACACUUGGUCCUGAAAAAAAGAAAGUAAACGUUCUUGAUGAGGAAAAAUACACAGAGGAAUUGGAAAAUAUAAUUGAGAAAGACUUCUUUCCUGAUUUACCAAAGAUGAAGGCCCAGUCAGAAUAUUUUGAAGCCCUUGAGAACAAUGAUCUUGUGAAACUGCGAGAGCUUGAAAUGAAGUAUUCUAAAAGACCAGAUACUGUCAAUUCCAUUUAUUCUUCACCUGCCAAUUUUGACACACCAGACCGAGGAGAAAGACCUCGAACUCGACGACCAGACACUGGGCAGAGCAAUGUGACAUCAGAAAAAGGAGGGGAGAAAUUCUUUAAUAGUGAAAAACCAGAGUCUAAAGUACAUCUGGAUUCAUUCUUAUCAAAGAAUACAAGUGAAGAUAAUGAUUCAUUUUCCCAAAUUCUGGAAGAGUCGGAUAAGAAACACAAGGAAAAACAUGCAUGGCUUUUUGAAAAUGAAACAAACAGAAAAUCGGAAGAGGAAGACAGACUAGCGCUACCAGAUAUCGAGACACAAGCUGCCAUUACAGAUGGAAAAGCUGGGGUUGACACGUGGAAAUACAAAACUAGAAAUCACGUCAUGUACAUACCAGAUGGAGAAGAUCUUAGCACACAAGAACUCUUGGAAUUGAAGAAGAAAAAACCUCGGAAAAUAGUGCAUGAAAACACUCGGUUUCAUUUAAGUCCUUGGAACACUCAAAAAAGUAAAGAAGUGAUUAAGCAAGCUGCAUCUGAAAAAGCACUGUUGCAUUCUGGGAGAAUAGGGCAUGAUGGGAAGGAACUUGAAGUUGGCAUGACGCCAAAAGUGAAUGGGUAUGGUUUUGUUGCCACUCCUUCUCCCGCCCCUGGUGUUGAUGAGUCCCCGCUGAUGACCUGGGGAGAGAUUGAAGGGACACCAUUUCAGCUGGAUCCUAAAGAGACACCCUUAGUUCCUUCAGAUGCUCCAGCUUUUAAGAUACCAGAUGUGCCAAAAAGAGACCAGUUGGCAUUUGAAUUAGCAGAGAAAUCCAGUAAACAGCACAGGGACAAGAAGAAAAAUGCUUUAAAACUGGCAUCAAGACUUGCUAGUCCUACACCAGGGUUCAGUAGGAAAAGCUCACUGGAGAGGAUCAGCUCCCUGUCUCCUGCAGCACAACGUCUGCUUGGAAGCCGGAUAGGUGUUCGAACUGGAACAGACAAAGCCCUGAGGGAAAGUUACUCUCCAUCUCCCACACAUAGACUUCCUGGGUACAAAACCCCUAAAUUGACUCCUAGACUAACCGCUAAAUCAAAGACUCCAUCCAGUGCAACUCCUAGUGGUAAUUCUACACCCGGAAGUGAACAUGGAGGAAAUGUGACACCUUUCUUGACUGAUAAUUUAUUACAGUUGCCAAAGAAACGUGUUGUGAGUGAUGAACCUAUUCCAGAUAGUCAGCAAGGAAAAAAGAGACCGAGAGCAACUGACUUCUUCUGACAGAAUAAACUCGAUACUCUUAUUGCUAACAUCAGACAUUCCUAGGAAGGAAGUGAAGGAGAAGCAGAUACUCCUGAUUUGCUUGACCAAUUAAAUGUGAAUUCUCCAGUCAAACUGUCAUAGAAACAGGAGGUUGGAUGUUGCUGACCAUCACUGCAGUUAACACGAUAUUAAGUCUUACUUGUGCUGGAGAGCACCUGUUCCUAGGUUAGAAAACAGAGUUUAGAGACCAGUCUCACAGCACAGACUUUCUGUUGGUCAAUUUCAAGAUAGAGCCCAAUUUUAGCCAAUCAGGUGCUUGGAUUUAUAGACUGAGCUCCUUUUUUAUAACUGUUACAUCAGACCCAGGCCUCUAAAUUCAAGACUUGUAUUAAUUAACAUUUUAAAUUUGAAGUUAAGAUUGAUUGUUAGAUAAGUGCAGAUAGUAAUAAAUAUUAAAUGAACUUGAGUUCUGCAGUUAUGGAAAAUCCAGCAAAAUUUCAGUAGAACCGGUAUAAAUUUGCUAUGCAUAAAGUUACGGCAAAUUAAAUAUUUGAUUUUCUUAAGUCUCAUUUUCAGACUUUAAUUUAAACAGGCGCAGAGGUUUGGCACUGAAGUCUUUUCAUGUGAAUUGACUGAUUUUUUGUUAAAAUGGCAUGAUACAAAGAAAGAAUAAAGUGACAGUAGUCUUUUUCAUUAUAUAGGAACUAUAGCAGUCUGCUGUAUCAUGUAAUCUUGAAGUUCUACUGUUGGGACAUAAUUCUUAUCCCUGAUUGAUAGAAUAAAAUUAUUCAAGUUUUUAUAAAAGUUUUAUUUUCAUUCAACCAGUUCAUAGACCUAUGUGGUACAUAUACAUAAUAUAUAUGACAAUAGUGAACAUUUUAAUCAUAAAUCAAUAAACAAAAGAACAUAUUUGUAUCAUAUGACAUGAAUGUAACUAUAGUGUUACUUAUAAAAUAGCAGGUUGUCCUUUCAUUUCAGUUUGCUAAUGGUAUGUGUAUUAUUCUUAAGCCUAACAAAUCCAGCUGGCUUACGGAAGGUUGGUGGUUCUACCCAGGGGUCUUCCUCCACCAUCAAAGCUGGGAAGUCGCCAUAUGACCUGUAAUUGUGUUGGUGCGAUGUUAAACCCAACAAAAUAAAUAAAUAAGACUUAUAAUUUCUAUUGUUGAAAAAUUGUACUCUUAACAAUUCAUGUAUGUUACAGUCUGAAAUAUAAACAAUUAAGCUUCAAAGCAAUGCAGUUGGUAAUUGUUUUCAAAUUUUCCAAGUAUGAAUGCUAUAGGUAUAUAUAAUAUAGGUUGUUCUACCAUAUAUCUUGUAAAACGCAUAAAAUGAUCUUGAUUGAAAUGAAAACGAAAUAUCAAAAUCAAUUUUCCACUUAAUAUACUAUUCCAUUGCUAUACUAUGAAUGGAUACAAUAUGACUAAAGAUUUAUUUUUAUUCCAUGGAUGGCUGCUCUUGUAAGAAAGCAAAAGGACAUUACAAGAUUCAGCCUGUGGGAUCUUCGACAAAAUUUGGUAAAACCAGUGUACCAACAUGUUUGUUAUUGCCUGUUAAACAAUAGUAUUGAUCUUGUUGUAAAUGCUCUUUCAAACAUAAUCACAUGAUUUUUUUAAAAAUACAUGGAUUAUCUGAAUUUAUGAUUAAUAAGUAACAAAAUAACUGGUUUGAAAAAUUAUUGAAAUAAAAAGUUGAAUAUCUCAUUCAUUUACUUUGUUAAUAAUAAUAUUUUGAUGAAAAACAAUAAAAAAAAAUGAAACUGU